AAUGUUUUGUGUUUUUGAAUGACUGUUGUGUUUGUAAUACAUUUGAUAUAAACAGUGACCACUUUUUUUGUUUGUUUAUAAUCACCCGAACUAAUGACCCGAACACCGGCCAAAGUGGUUUCGUCGCCUGCAGGUGGGCCGAAAUGGACACCGACUGGUGCCCGUGCGUUGGCCCGCAAGUCAAUUGGCGGUCGAUCGAGUAGUGGCGCCAAAAAACGUAAACAACAAAAGCCUGGCCGCCGGGUCGAUGCCGACGGCAAUCCGCUACCGGCAGUGGCAUCGGGUCGAGCACAUAGACGAUACCGGCCGGGAACAGUGGCCUUGCGCGAGAUUAGACGCUUUCAGGCCACCACUGAUCUGCUGAUGCGAAAGUUACCGUUUGCCCGAUUGGUACGCGAAGUACUACAGGACAUGUAUCCGUCGAAUCCGAUUCGCUGGCAGUUGCGGGCAUUGUUGGCCCUACAGGAAGCCUCCGAAGCCUAUCUGAUUGGUAUGUUUGAGGACACCAAUCUGGUGGCCAUCAAUGCCAAACGUGUUACAAUUAUGCCACGCGAUAUCCGAGUCGUACGCCGUAUUCGCGGUGUCGGCGAUCCCGGCAACCGAUAGACGUGGUGGCCAACGGUGCUGCCGAUUGGCGGGUUUAUCACCAAUA